GAAACUGGCGCUAUCGUCAACCCUAGUCACAUGGCUACUAAGUUAAGGUUUUCUCUGGCUGAUAAAUUUCAGCCAUGUUUCAAUUCGCAAUAUCCGAUUUAUCAUACAGAAUCAGGACAGAUAUAUUGUGGGCGAGUUGUUGAAGAUUCCCUGUGUAUUAACAUCCUAGAUGCAGAUUCAUUCACUCUGACUGACAAAAUUCAGGACGAAGAGUCCAUUACAUCCUUUGUUGUUGAUGAAGCUGACUCGACGGUGUUUAUAGCUACGAAAAACUUGCUACUUAAACGUAUUGAUGGACAAACUCGAAGACAGACAAAAGCAUGGAUGUCUUGUCAUCAAAGAAUUAUACAAAGGAUGGCUUUGAAUAAAGGUUCAACACGAUUGGCUACAGGAUCGGGUGAUACGGUAGUUCGUUUAUGGCAUAUCGGUCCGAAAGAGGGUUUUUCAUCAAGCUGCCGGUUACACCAAGGCAUGAUAACGCUACUGAAGUUUCAUCCAUCACUGCCAUACCUUUUCUCCUCAUCGAUUGGUGAUCAUUUUGUGGCUGUCUGGAAUACUGAGACAGGGAAGCAUACAUCCUCCUUAGAAGGUCAUCAAAGCAAUGUUACAAGUUUAGAUUUCAAUGAGGUGAAAAACGAAGUGGUCACUUGUGGACGAGAUAAAGUCAUCAUUGUUUGGUCAACUACAAAUUUUACCAAACAAAAAGUGAUACCAGCUUUUGAAAGUUUAGAGGCGUGUGUUUUCUUGCCUAUUGGUGCUUUGGAAAAUCAUUUAGGUCCUAAUUUCACUAAAAGCAGAACAUCUCUCUUAUUAACUGGUGGCCAGUGGGGUUGUCUACGCGUUUGGGAUACUGAUGAUGCUGGACGUUGUGUUUUAGAAAUUAAAGGCCCGUUAGAUCGAACUCCACAAUCAGAUUCUACACAUGCCCCACUGGAACGUCAUCAAAUCGAUUAUGGACUUCAUUCUAUCAGUGAUUUGAGUAUUUUUAAAGCUAAAAAUACAGAGGAGGGCGAGUCAAGUGAACGUACUGACCUGUUGCAGAGAUUACUUCUUGUUCGCCAAAGCAAUCAUGUUGAAUUUUAUAAUCCUAUGGUGGCUAAAUUAACAGCUGAGUUUCUUGGAGAUAUUGGACAAGUGGAUCAGUUGUGUAUCGCUGGUAGAAAUCACAAUUACCUUAUUCUUGCUGAUGCAUCACCGCAUAUGAAAAUUUUUAUGAAUCCACAUGGAUUAAAUUCUUCCAACAACAAGAAAGGUGGUUCAUGGAAAUGUCAUCUUAUCCCAGGUGGUCAUUCUGAUGUAAUUAUGGAUAUAACAGUCUCUGAAUGUGGUGAAUGGAUUGCAAGUGGUUCAAAGGAUCUGUCUAUUUGUUUAUGGCGUUUAAAAGAACCAGAUAACUUGUCGUCAUCAGCAUCGUCAACUCAAUCUGCGAAGGUAUUCAACGUUAAAGUGGAUCUUAUUACUCGAAUUGAAAAAGCCCACACUGCUCAUAUCACCUCAGUUUGUUUUGACAAGUUAACAAAACGUCUCAUAUCAAGUUCAGAUGAUGGUAUUCUAAAGAUAUGGACUAUUCAAUUCGAUGAAAACUUCAAUAAUCCAGAUACUACUACUACUACUAUCUUAUCAGAGUUAACCACAAUACACGGUGCUCAUGGUGGAGAAAUUAAUGCAAUUGAUGUGUCUAUCGAUAAUCGUCUUGUAGCGACAGCAUCACGGGAUAAAACUGUCAAGAUAUGGGAAUUUAAAAAACAUGGUUUAGAAUGUCAAGGUAUUCUACAAGGUCAUCGUAGAGGUGUCUGGUCAGUUUGCUUUUCAAAGCAUGAGAAGGUCGUACUUACUGCUUCCGGAGAUGGAGAUGUCAAGUUGUGGAAUUUGAAGGACUUUUCAUGCAUUAGAACAUUGGAAGGUCAUGAUCAACCUGUGUAUAAAGCUGUCUUCCUUUCUCAAGAUAAACAAGUAUUAUCAUGCGAUCAAAAAGGUUUGAUUAGAUUAUGGAAUCUAUCCAAGCCACCGUCUAAAAAAUCAGAGAAAGAUGAAAAUUCUGCGAAACCAUCUGAAGAAACAUCAUCUCUAGUUUAUGAAGCACAUGAUGGACGAAUUUGGUCCCUAGCUGUUUGUCCAGAUGAAGGAGGCUUUUUCACUGGUGGGGAAGAUGAAACUUUGUGCUAUUUUGAAGAUAUUACAGAUAAGGUGUUAGAAGAAGCUAUACAACUGCAGGAGGAUUUCAUUCAAACACAACAAGAAUUAGACAAUUUACUGCAUAAACGUAUGUAUGCUGAAGCUUUACACUUAGCUAUCAAAUUAGAUCAACCUAAAAGAACAUUGGACAUUUUUCAGGAACUAUUGACUCAACAAGAUACCGAGGGAUAUACCAAUAAAGAUUAUCAAAUUAAAAGCAAAUAUCCUACACAAGCAGCCAACCUAUUGUCUAUCCUUGAUGGUUUUGUGAGUAAAAUUCAUUGUAGCAGUGAAAGUGGAGCUGAUGAUAGCGGUGUAGAAAUGUUAACUCAACGCCUAUUAUCUUAUGCUAUCAAUUGGAAUACACGAACAAGAACAUCAAUGAUUAGUCAAUGUGUAUUAAACUGGAUUCUAACACGUUGGACUCCGGAAGAGUUAUUAGAAUGGCCUAAUUUUAGUCGAACCAUUCAAUCGUUACUACCGUAUACAAAUGGAUGUUAUUAGCGAGUUGUCAGCAUUCCUUCGCAGCUGAACAUCGAGGAAAUGAAACAUUGAGUCGGAUUCAACUUCCAGAAUGAAGUGGGUGUUUGGAUUGACAUUAUUGAAGACUCAAUAACGUAGUUGUUAUGUACUCGUCGACAAAUUAUUGUUAUGGGGUGGUGGAGAUACUAAUAGU